CCAUCGCUAAGCGGCUCGACACGUCACGGAACAGCUAACUAUCGGCAUCGCAACGGACCUUCACCCGCAAACUUUACUUCACCUUCAAAAGGAAGCAGGCGGAGCAUAGAAACAGGUACAGAAGCCCUAUCCUACAGAACAGGCAGAGACACCCAAACCCCGAAACACGUCAAACAGGAGAAACUACAUCUCCCAGAAUGUAGCGCGAACGAGAACCCGGUGCUUGGUGGGAUGUGCAGUGGCGCUGUCUGAAACGUACAGGGAAGUUUCCUGUUCAGGCCCCACUGCCUCUCCACACACCAUAGUGUUUCAAAAAUGAGCCAGAAGUUGCUAAAACAGCGCCGGCAGGUCGCUGUUAUUCACAACAUGAUACUUCUGCAGCAAAGUAGUUUCUGAACAACUUCCGUUUCCGGUUGGCCUAUUGCCUUGGAAACGAGGAUGCACAACAAUCUGGGUGAAGAUGGCGGGGCUGAGCAGCUCGCAGAUCCCGGACGGUGAGUUCACGGCCGUGGUCUACCGGCUCAUCCGCGACUCCCGCUACUCAGAGGCGGCGCAGCUGCUGGCCGCCGAGCUGCAGAGGAGCCCCCGCAGCCGCGCCGGGCUGUCGCUGCUCGCCUACUGCUACUACCGCCUGCAGGAGUUCGAGCUCGCUGCAGAGUGCUAUGAGCAGCUGAGCCAGAUGCACCCGGAACUCGAGCAGUACCGCCUGUACCAGGCCCAGGCGCUCUACAAGGCCUGCCUGUAUCCCGAGGCCACGCGGGUCGCCUUCCUUCUGGACAACCCCGCCUAUCAGACUCGCGUCCUUCGUCUCCAGGCUGCCAUCAAGUACAGCGAGGGCGACCUGCCAGGAGCCAGGAGCCUGGUGGAGCAGCUACUGAGUGGGGAAGGUGGGGAGGACAGUGGAGGGGAGAAUGAUUAUGAUGGCCAGAUCAACCUGGGCUGUCUGCUCUACAAGGAGGGACACUACGAAGCUGCCUGCUCUAAGUUCUUAGCGGCCCUGCAGGCCUCUGGCUACCAGCCUGACCUUUCCUACAACCUGGCUUUGGCAUAUUACAGCAGUCGUCAGUAUGCCCCUGCUCUGAAGCACAUCGCUGAUAUCAUUGAGCGAGGCAUCCGUCAGCACCCAGAGCUAGGUGUGGGCAUGACCACCGAAGGCAUUGAUGUCCGAAGUGUUGGCAACACCUUAGUCCUUCACCAGACGGCACUGGUCGAAGCCUUCAACCUCAAGGCAGCCAUAGAGUACCAACUGAGAAACUAUGAGGCGGCCCAGGAAGCCCUCACUGAUAUGCCGCCCAGGGCCGAGGAAGAGUUGGACCCUGUGACCCUGCACAACCAGGCUCUGAUGAACAUGGAUGCCAGACCUACGGAGGGGUUUGAGAAGCUCCAGUUCCUGCUCCAGCAGAACCCGUUUCCCCCAGAGACCUUCGGCAACCUGCUGCUGCUCUACUGUAAAUACGAGUACUUUGACCUGGCAGCUGAUGUCCUGGCAGAGAAUGCCCAUUUGACGUACAAGUUCCUCACGCCCUAUCUCUAUGACUUCUUGGAUGCCAUGAUCACUUGCCAGACGGCUCCUGAAGAGGCUUUCAUAAAGCUGGACGGGCUAGCUGGCAUGCUGACUGAGCAGCUCAGGAGACUCACCAUACAAGUGCAGGAAGCAAGACACAACAGAGAUGAUGAAUCUGCCAAAAAGGCGGUGAAUGAAUACGAUGAAACUCUGGAGAAGUAUAUCCCUGUCCUGAUGGCCCAGGCAAAAAUCUACUGGAACUUUGAAAACUAUCCCAUGGUGGAGAAGAUCUUCCGCAAAUCUGUGGAAUUCUGCAAUGACCAUGAUGUGUGGAAGCUGAAUGUGGCCCACGUUCUCUUCAUGCAGGAAAACAAGUACAAAGAGGCCAUUGGCUUCUAUGAGCCCAUCGUCAAGAAGAACUACGACAACAUCCUGAGCGUCAGCGCCAUUGUCCUAGCCAACCUCUGUGUCUCCUACAUCAUGACAAGUCAGAAUGAGGAAGCCGAGGAGCUGAUGAGGAAGAUUGAGAAGGAGGAAGAACAACUCUCCUAUGAUGACCCAGACAAGAAAAUCUACCACCUCUGCAUUGUGAACUUGGUGAUAGGAACCCUCUAUUGUGCCAAAGGAAACUAUGACUUUGGUAUCUCCAGGGUAAUCAAGAGCCUGGAGCCUUACCAUAAAAAGCUAGGAACUGACACGUGGUAUUAUGCCAAAAGGUGCUUCCUGUCCUUGCUAGAAAACAUGUCAAAACAUACAAUCAUGCUGAGGGACACUGUUAUUCAAGAAUGUGUCCAAUUUCUAGAGCACUGUGAACUUUAUGGCAGAAACAUCCCUGCUGUUAUAGAACAGCCUUUAGAGGAAGAGAGAAUGCACAUUGGGAAGAAUACAGUCACGUAUGAGUCGAGAAAAUUACGGGCUCUGAUUUAUGAGAUCAUUGGAUGGAAUGUGUAAUUGAUUAAGGCUGACAAUGACUUUUAUGACUUUUGUGUAAAUUUUCAAUUUUACCUGUAUCUAGUUUUGCUAUUUGUGAGACUUUGUACAUUUUAGUGUAAUACAAACACGAUGAACUGUAACCUGCCCUUUUAGAUUACCCAUCAAGUGUAGGAACGGAGAAAGGUGUGUCUAUCAUGUUUUUAACUUUUUGGUCUGAUGUAUCUUGGGCGUAUUUGUACUUAUAUUAUCAGGACCAGAAAGUUCGGGACCUAGUAAACUGUAAUGUCUUUUAGGAAUCAUCCCAGGGAUUGUGUCUUCUCUUUGCACUACUCCCAUGUUUUUGUAGAGAAUUUAGAGUAUUUGUCAGAGUUUUCUAAUAUAGUAUUUUGUCCAGAUUAAGUUCCCUAGGCAACAAAUGGUUUUGCUAGUGUGCAAGAUUCAGUAGAAUCAUGUAACAAACUACAACAUGAAUAAAUACUACAAAAAGUA